AUGAACAUGGCCAAUCAUUUAAUAGACUUUGGACCAAUGACGGAGACUGGAAACAAGCAGAGCUGGGCGGUCGGGAAGAAGACUGUGUUAUGCGUGGGCAAUACUGUCAUCGACUACAUUUCGGUUUGCAAAAAGUUUCCUAGGGAGAAUGAGCCGAAUAAAUGCUAUGCUUCCUACUGGCAACGGGGCGGCAAUGCGUCCAACAAUUGCACCGUGCUGCGUCUUCUGGGCGUUAAGGUCGAGUUCUUUGGGAAAUUGAGUACAUCCCCAUUGUUUGGCAUGUUGGUGGAGGACAUGCGGAAAAGAGGCAUCAUUUUUGAUCAUUGUCCAAGAACAGAGGUGGAUCCGCCGUUCUCCACAGUCAUACUGGCUUCUUCGAUCAAGUCGCGCAAUAUUAUAAACUGCAAUAAAGAUUAUCCGUAUGUCACGUACGAUGACUUCAAGAAACUGGACUUGAAUGAGUACGGUUGGAUACACUUUCAAGCACGCCAUCCAACUGAAACGAUACGUAUGAUGCAGCGUGUUACAUCCUUUAAUAAGAAAAAGGCUAAGGACGACCCAAAGAUUGUUAUUUCUUUAGACUUCGACAAGUCGCCCACUGAGAUGUGGCCGUUGGUUAACUACUGCGAUUAUGUGGUUAUAUCCCGACAAAUUGCCACGCUCAAGAAGUGGGAAACUCCGCUAGAGGCGUGCACUAGUGUUGGCGAAUGGCUGCGCAUGCGCUGGGGUGUGAAUCUAAAGCGACCCUACGUCAUAUUUCUGUGGGGAUCGGAGGGCGCUGCCAUCCUAGAUAAGCAGGAAAAUUACUCAUUUGCACCGAGUUACAAACUCAAGAAAGUCGUCGAUUCGCUUGGGGCUGGAGAUGUGUUUAUGGCUUCUUUGAUUUACGCCCUAUAUAUACGCGAACGUCCGCUUUCCGUGGCCGUAGAUUUUGGCAAUCGUAUGGGCAGCUAUAAAGUCACAAACUUUGGAUAUGAUCACCUUCCCAAUAUCUUAGUACCGCCAACUCUAUAA